CACAUCCUUGUGCAUCCUGACAGUUUAUCAGAUGUUAAACACCAUCGGCAAGGGCAGUGCAUAUCUUUGAAAAAAGCACGAGAAGUAGAAUUUCUAUUAGGAAAAUGGCACUUUUUUUCCUUUUUUGCACCAAGUAUAAAAUGGCUGCUGCUGAAAUACUUGUUUUUGGCAGGUCCCACGGAAGUUAAAGCAGAUGAACAUCCUCGCCAUGGGUGCAACAUAGAAACAGUGGCAAAGUUGAAACCUUGCUUUAUAACCGAUGGGACAGGAACUGUGACUGCAGCAAAUGCCUCAGGUAUAAACGAUGGUGCUGCUGCUGUAAUUCUUAUGAAAAAAUCAGAAGCGGUUAAACGAAAUCUCACUCCUUUGGCAUGGAUCGUGUCUUCGGCUCAAGUUGGUGUUGAUCCUUCAGUUAUGGGAAUAGCACCCAUCACGGCCAUAAGAAAAGCUGUUGAAAAAGCUGGUUGGACAUUGGAUCAAGUGGAUCUGUAUGAAAUUAAUGAAGCUUUUGCUGCCGUAGGUGUAGCAAUAACAAAAGAACUAAAAUUGAAACCAGAAAAGAUUAACAUUGAAGGUGGGGCUGUUGCUCUUGGCCACCCUCUUGGAGCAUCUGGGUGUCGAAUCCUUGUUACACUUCUGCACUCACUAGAACGAACAGGUGGAAAACGAGGAGUUGCGGCUUUAUGUAUAGGAGGAGGAAUGGGCAUAGCUAUGUGUGUAGAAAGAUAAAGGAAACUUUUCUUUGAUUUUGUACUAAUUUGUAACAUGACUCACCUUUAUUAGUAAGUAAUAAAGAAACAAUAUUAGGC